ACUAUAUCUGAUCCUUGAAUGGUUGCUUGUAUGUUGCAGUUCAUGGGAGCACACGUUGUUUUGGCGUGUUUUAAUCAGUGACCUCGCUCAGCACAGAGGAGUCAUAGAGACAGAAACCUCGGAUGGUCUAACUUGACUUUGAUCAAAGCAUGCUUUUGCAAGGUCACACUACAAGCGAACGUUUUGUCUUGUUGCUUUCUUGUCUUUUCCCCCCUUCUCUUUUUGAUAAUUUUCUUCUUUUUUGUCUGAGCACAGCCUGUUCAGAGUGUUCAGAUUUCAUCUCAAAGAAUAUAGAGAAAGGGUGUAGGACAAAUAAAGACAGCUGUCACGUUUUAGGCGCACGGCCAGAGCAGGUGACGUUGAAAAACUUGACCUUUGUUCAUUCUCUCUUUCCUCUCGGGCAUGUAGACAUGAGAUCAUUGUGGCAGUUGGGCCAUGGGCGCCGUUGAUGUCAACUUUACUUGCCUGGAGUCCAGAAUUGACAAAUGUGCUACAAUGCGGUGUCCGCGAUCAGGAAGGCAGGCCCGUCAUCAGUCUUUUUUUCUUCUCUGAUCUGGUCCGAAUGGAGAGCAUGGACUUGAAUCCAACCCUCGUGUGGU